UAAUUUGGUGAGCGGGGCAGAGCACAACCUCGGAUGAUGAUCAUCACCAAUCAAAGCGGCCGGCUCCAGACUACAUUGACCUCUUCCCACGAUAUCCACCGAGGACCACAUCUCCGAGUAACUGAUCAGGUAGUUUCCCCCGCAAAAAUUGACGACUACGGACUAAGACUUGACGCAUCUCCAACUACUCCGGGCCUCCCCACUCAAAACUCCACGACAGCUCCCCACAAAAUGCUGUGGAUACCCACUGGUCCGUCAAGAAGAGUGAUUUCUCCAACCCCUUUGCCUAAUUUCCGGCGCAAAUCCGGGGGUAUCCUGGGGACUCCACGCUUGAUUGGAACCCUACAUCGCAUGCGCGGCUUUUAUUUCACCCAGGCCGGGGAAGGAGCCCGUUCCCCCGGCGUGAGGAGGUUUGAUAGGUAUAAAUUCCCUUGAGAGGAUCAGCGCAAUGAUACAGGCAGACCGUGAGAAAGUACCCUCAUUCAGCUCAUCAUCUCGCAAUGCGGACUCCUUCGGCCCCUCGGGCCCUGGCCUGGGCUGCCAUUGCCUCUACAGCCUCCGCAGCGACUGCUUCUCUCAAGGACGUUUGUACUGUCGAGUAUGCCAAGUCAAAGCUCCCUGCCUCUAAUUUCAUUCAAGGCAUCACCCUUGACCCUUCGUCCGUGACGACGAACAUCGUGUACAAUGCCUCCACCAGCGCCGACAGCCGACAGCACCUUUUUCCCGGCGGCGACCUUUUCCUACUGUAAUUUGACCCUGGCAUACUCCCACGAUGGCCGUGCUGGUGAUCAGGUCCUCGUUCAAUACUGGCUACCUGACCCCGCCAAGUUUCAGAAUCGGUACCUGUCAACCGGUGGUGGAGGCUAUGCCAUCUACUCUGGGGACCAGUCUCUACCCGGCGGUGUCAUUUACGGUGCUGUCGCUGGCGCUACCGAUGGUGGCUUUGGAAGUUUCUCGACCCAAGUCGAUGCAGUCUUGCUCCUAGCCAAUGGCACUCUUGACUACGAGUCAUUGUACAUGUUCGGGUACAAGGCUCACUGGGAGCUGAGCAAGAUCGGAAAGCAGUUCACCCGAAACUUCUACAACCUGGGCGAGAAAAGCAAGCUCUAUUCGUACUAUCAAGGCUGCUCCGAGGGUGGUCGUGAAGGUUGGAGCCAGAUCCAGCGCUACGCUGAUGAAUGGGAUGGUGCGGCGCUUGGUGCCCCUGCUUUCCGCUGGUCUUUCCAGCAGACCCAGCACCUGUACUCGAACAUCGUCACUCAGACUCUGGGAUACUACCCACCUCCCUGUGAGAUUGACAAGAUCGUCAACGAGACCAUCGCUGCCUGUGACUCCCUCGAUGGCCUGAAGGAUGGUGUGGUCUCACGCUCUGAUCUUUGCCAGCUGCACUUUGAUCUGUCUACCCUGGUUGGGAAGCCAUACUACUGUGCUGCUGCCCCUGCAAGCUCAGGCUACGGCUUCCCGGCACCCGCGACUCCCGUCCAGAAUGGUACCGUUUCCAAGGAGGCCGUAGAGGUCGCCAAGGAAGUCAUCCGAGGACUGCGCGACUCGCAAGGCCGCCAGGUCUACUUUUCCUACCAGACCGCAGCCUCCUUUGGAGACGUCAUGACCCAGUACAACUUCGACACUAACAAGUGGGAACUCGCGGUCGACCAAAUGGGCGCCGAAUUCAUCGCCUUGUUGCUCAACAAGAACGGCACCACUUUCUCCAACCUGAACGGUGUGACAUACGACACCCUGAAGGAGUGGAUCAUUACCGGCAUGCAGGAAUACGCCUCCACUCUGCAGACCAACUGGCCCGACCUGACCCCCUUCCACAAGGCCGGCGGCAGGGUGAUUCACUUUCACGGCGAGGCGGACGACAGUAUCCCCGCCGCGUCCUCGGUGAGAUACUGGGAGUCCGUCCGAAGCAUCAUGUACCCCAGCCUGUCCUACAAGGACGGCGCCCAUGCCCUCAAGGACUGGUACCAGUUGUACCUCGUUCCCGGUGCCGCUCACUGCGGGACCAACUCGCUCCAGCCUAACGGACCUUUCCCGCAGACCAACCUGCAGGUCCUGAUCAAUUGGGUUGAGAAGGGUGUCAAGCCCGUGACUCUCAAUGCAACCGUGCUGCAGGGUGAGCAUGUGGGUCAGAACCGACAGCUUUGUGCCUGGCCACUGCGCCCUAUCUGGAAGAGCGGCAAGUUGGAGUGUGAGUAUGAUCAGACAUCGAUUAAUACUUGGCACUAUGAUCUCAACGGUGUGCCGAUGCCUGUUUACUAGUUAAUUGACGCGGUGCUAUCGUGUAUGGGGAGCGAUAAGUCGAAUAGAGAGACUCGAAGUUGUUUGACAAGCACAGUAUCGCAAAU